AUGGCAAGUCAAGAUAGCAAGGAAGUCGCGGACCUCUUUAGCGAGUCGUAUGCCAAAUCCCAGGAUGAACAGGACCCGCUAUCUUCUUUCCGAGACCAAUUCAUCAUCCCAACGAUCUCAGACUUGCACUCUAAAACACUCACACCAUCCUCUCAAGAUCAACCACAACAAUGCACCUACCUUUGUGGUGUCUACGGCCAUUUUACUGAAAUCGAGGACUCGAAUCUGCCGCCUUGGUUGCAUGUUGAUGACGAUGUGAUUGGUGACGUCUGCGACAUUGUGGGAGCAAAGAAGAACGAAGUUGCUGUCAUGCAGACUUUGACCGCGAAUCUGCAUUUCGCCAUGGCGAGUUUCUAUCGUCCUACCGAGAAGAGAUGGAAGAUCAUCAUCGAGGGAAAGGCCUUUCCCAGUGAUCAUUAUGCGGUGGAAUCACAACUCCUACACCACAACAAGGAUCCUGCAACCUCAAUGAUCCUCCUCGAACCCGAGGACUCAAACAACCCUAUCCUCAGCACCCAACAAAUCCUUGCCACCAUCGACGAACACGCAGAAUCAACAGCCCUCCUUCUACUACCAGGAAUCCAAUUCUACACUGGUCAAUUCUUCGACAUCCCUACCAUAACUGCUCAUGCACAGAAGAAGGGCAUAGUCGUAGGGUGGGAUCUUGCCCACGCAGCAGGAAACAUGCCCCUCGAACUUCACGACUGGAAUGUCGACUUUGCAGCCUGGUGCAGCUACAAAUAUCUCAACUGUGGUCCUGGAAGUAUUGGUGGACUCUUCGUCCAUGAGCGUCACUCCAAAGUUUCUACUGCGUCAUCCUCCUCACGACCAGAGUAUACACCUAGACUCAGCGGCUGGUGGGGUAGCGACAAGAGCAGUCGCUUCGCAAUGGACAACGUCUUCACCCCAAUCGCAGGAGCAGGGGGCUGGCAGCUUUCCAACCCAUCAGUAGCAGACAUGACAGCCCUCCGUGCAUCUCUAGACAUUUUUAACAAAACCUCACUCGAUGCCAUCAGAACCAAAUCUGUCGACCUCACCGGAUACCUCGAAAAGCUCCUUCUUGCGAGCACAGGAAUCAAAGACUGCUUUUCCAUCAUCACGCCCUCCGACCCUGAGCAAAGAGGCGCGCAAUUAUCGGUCCGUCUUUCGUCUGGCCUUCUAGACAACGUCAUGCACGUGCUGGAAAAGAAGGGUGUGGUUGUUGAUGAGAGACGACCGGAUGUCAUCCGCGUGGCCCCUGCUCCACUCUACAAUUCUUGGUCUGAUGUAUUGAAGUUUGUCCAAGUCUUCCAAGAAGCUUGUAGAGAGGCAUUGGACAAGAAGAGUAAGGAGACAAAAGGGUCGGUCAUGGUGGAAGGCGGCAAGGAUGACAAGGGCUGGAGUGAGGAAGAGGAUUUGUACUAUUUGCAGAGAACAUGCCAAUGGAAUGUCCAACUUUUGCUGAAGUUUUCUAAUCUGGGCCCUUCUAUCUAUCCCAUCCUGGUCGCCUCUAUCAUGAGUAGAGCCCUCAAGUCGAUUGCAAUCUGGAAGCUUGAGAGAGGUAGUAGGAUUGGGACACUCGAUCGACUACUCGGCAGUAUGACUAUCGUUCAGACGGUCAUUACACAACUUCAAAUGAGGUCUUUGAGCUUCCUAAGCCUACUGCUCAUUGCAACGUGGUCGCUGUCGCCAUUGGGCGGCCAACCUUCGCUGCGCAUCAUCGGCUCAGCAGUCAAAGCGAGCAACACUACGAGGGUACUCCAAUAUGUCAAUACUAGCUCGGCUAUAAUGGAUAACUAUGCAGGUGCGGACACUGCCUCACAAUUUGUGCCAGUCGAUGCUCUCUUUGUAGCAGCAUUGGUGGGCGCUUCAUCAGGCGAUCCGAGCCCGUCGUCCUCUUUCGGUUCUGUCGACAACUGGGAUAAUCUGAAGAUACCAUGGAUUGAGCGCAUGGAUCCAGCAACAGAGAAUGCUGAAGGAUGGUACCCAGCGCCUCGGGCUUACAGAAGCGACGACUUUACAUCUUUGAUCGGAGUUCCAUCGUCCAUGGUCUCGGUUGCUAGCAACGUGACGACGUCUUUCAACGUCGAGGUAUCGUACUGGAAGCUUUCAUGUCCCGGUUUCGAGNNGACCUGGGCGAUGAGUGACUCUUUCCGAUGGUUCAACAGACACUUUGUGAAUGCCAUCGCGGCGGGUCAUGUUGCGACUGCGACGCCUUAUCAGGAAUACACCAUCGACCCGAGUGAUCCGUUCAAUACAUCUUGGAAUGCGCCAUCUGUAACCCUAGUGUCCAACGCUACGUUUGCUUUACGACUGAGCCAGCUGUUCAACGCCUAUUGGAUGGCAACGCUGGCUCUGACUGCCAUCCCCAAGGGUCUUCGAAACCUGUACCUCGCCGCAGAUACAGCAGACAUAGGUACAUCACUGCUAAACACCACAGCCACCGAGAUGCGAGACGCAUUGGUCUUGGAAUGCGACACCUUGUGGCUCGUGAUUCUUUUGUUGUCGUCGGCCAUCACAGCGUUUAUUGGUGUCUGUGGUUUGGUAGCAGCCAUCUGCCGCCGCGGGCCGGACAUUGGCUUCAACAUCUCGUCGCUAGUCAAAGACAGUCCCUUGUUUGAUCAGAAAUCCGUGGCGAUUACGCUUGGUAGCUCAGACAGGUCUAGGUUGAUGAAGAAUUGGUAUGCCAAGUAUGACCAUGUGGCAAGCGAAGACGAGGUUGGGUAUAUUGCGAUGAAUAGUGGCAAUGUAGCAAAUCUGCAGAGAGGACGCUUAUAUAGGUGA